AGGUGCUGUAAGAAAGAGAAUCCCCUCAGAGAAGGGCCCUUCAUUUCUGAGCUCAGGGGCGGAGUUGGGCUUUCCUCAACUGCUGUGUGAGGAGGGAGGAACUCUGCAUUCUUAUAAAAAGCCAGUAUAUGGGCUGGCAGUAUUUAGACGACGGAGCAGACAGACUGGCCCUGGGCUGUACUGCGGACCCAGAAUGGCACAGAAUGGAACAACAGAGAACGGAGUGGCUGAAGGGAUCUCAGCUUUGCCUUUUCCUCAACCUGUCAAAGUCCAGGAGAUCAGACACACCAAGAUUUUUAUCAACAAUGAAUGGCACACAUCCAGCAGCGGAAAGACAUUUCCAACUUUCAACCCAGCGACAGGUGUCAAAAUCUGUGAUGUGGAAGAAGCAGACAAAGAAGAUGUGGACAGGGCAGUGGGGGCAGCCAAGGCGGCCGGGCAGAGAGGCUCUCCGUGGCGGCGAAUGGAUACGUCAAGCCGCGGAAUGCUGCUACACAAACUGGCUGACCUGAUGGAGAGGGACCGGCUCCUGCUGGCGACCCUGGAGACUCUGGACACGGGGAAGCCUUUCCUGCAGUCCUUCUUCAUUGACCUGGACGGCAGUAUCAAAACCCUUCGUUACUAUGCAGGCUGGGCGGACAAGAUCCAUGGAAAGAGUCUGCCUGUAGAUGAAAGCUUCAUGUGUUUAACCAGACAUGAGCCUGUUGGCGUAUGUGGAGCUAUCAUUCCAUGGAACUUUCCUCUGCUGAUGUUCAUGUGGAAGAUGGCGCCGGCCCUGAGCUGUGGAAACACUGUGGUUAUCAAGCCAGCAGAGCAGACCCCCCUCACAGCCCUCCACAUUGGAUCGCUCAUCAAAGAGGCAGGGUUCCCUCUUGGAGUUGUGAACAUCGUUCCAGGGUUUGGUCCCACAGCAGGAGCAGCCAUCGCCAGCCACAUGGACAUCAACAAAGUGGCCUUCACUGGCUCUACAGAGGUCGGCCAACUGAUCAAAGAAGCAUCAGCCAAAAGUAAUCUGAAGAGAGUGACUCUGGAGCUGGGAGGGAAGAACCCCUGCAUUGUGUUUGCUGACUGUGACUUGCAGCUGGCUGUGGAGGAAACUCAGAAAGGAGCUUUAUAUAACCAGGGUCAGUGCUGCACUGCUGCAUCACGUGUCUUUGUAGAGGAAAGUAUUUAUGAGGAGUUUGUGCGCCGCAGCAUAGAAAACGUCAAGAAGAUUGUCAUAGGAGACCCACUGGACCCCCAGACAUCACACGGGCCACAGAUUGACCGACAGCACUUUGACAAGAUUAUGGACCUGAUAAAGAGUGGGAAGGAGGAGGGAGCCACGCUGGAGUAUGGAGGAGCAGCUUUGGGCGAGAAGGGCCUCUUCAUUAAACCCACCAUUUUCUCUGGGGUCAAAGACCACAUGCGCAUCGCCAAGGAAGAGAUCUUUGGUCCAGUGCAGUGUAUAUUCAGCUUUAAAAGCCCGCAGGAGGCCAUAGAGAGAGCAAACAGCUUACAAUAUGGCCUGGUGUCAGCAGUCUUCACAACAAGUAUGGACAGAGCUCUGUCUGUGUCUGCAGCCCUGGAGACUGGCACUGUCUGGAUAAACUGCUAUAACGCCCUUCAUGCCCAGACUCCCUUUGGAGGGUAUAAGAUGUCAGGCAACGGACGAGAGCUCGGAGAGUAUGCUCUGGCUGAAUACUCGGAGGUAAAAGCAGUGACCAUCAAACUGAGUGAAACUCUGUGAGAAGAACUGGCUAAGAUGUCCAGCGCUCUGCACUGCCCAUUACAUCACAACUUUCUCCAAUGCACACACUCCCUUAUUUGUCUUUAGUCAUUCUCUUGAUGUUGAGUUAGGGUUAGGCCAAUAUGUCAGUUUCUUUAUACGGUAUAUCAGAGCCCAGCAAGAGUCACUGUUUUUGUUCACCUUUUAUUUGAUACGCUGUAGGUGACGAUAGGCUUCAGUGACAAUAGGCUUCAGUGAUGACAGUAUACAAAACUGCUAAUGCUUUAUUUACAGGUUUUAUUUUUCUAAUAAUUUUCCAAUAAUUUAUUCAGGAGUUCCCCCUGACAUAAGUAUGUGAAUUGGGACUACAGUAAUAUUGGAAAAAUAGAGACAGUGCUCAGUUGGUACAUUUACACAAAUAACUGACUUAACUCAGAGCAUAGCAGUUCAGCUGAACAUGCACAACUGUAAAAUGUAUCUACAGUCAAUGAUGAAUAAAGUUUUCAAUAAUAAAUGAAAAAUGAAUGAAUAUUUACUUGGGUUUAAAUGGGGCAGUUCUUUCAAUGGAAUUCCAAUUUUACAUAUAAUUAGUACCAAGCAACAGAGAGUUUAAAAUCCAAAUUACAAAAGCACUGAUAUGAUUGUUUGACAAGGAAAAGGAUUUCACUUAAUGGAGCAUUUUUAGAGCUUUCAGCAACAUCUCGAGGCCUUCAUCAGUGGGUGGAGUUUGCUCACUUGUUAUGAAGAUGGUUUAGUUGUCAUCACAUGGCCUAAGUUUUGUGUAUGGGGGUUGAUGGGAACCCAUGUCUCUGUUUAAAGAUGGUCUCUGGUAUCAGAUGUUCUUCACUGCGGUGUCUGUUUCUGUUCAUUCAAUCUUUUGUCGAGGGUCAUUGCUCUUUCUGAUGCAGGGGCGAUUCCAAGAUGGGCAUAGGGGGGACCAAUAAUCAGGGGGAGAAUACAGCAGAGAAAAUGCUUAUAGAAAUAUAAGAAAUAUUGGACAAGAUAGAAGAACACAAUGUAAUUCUGCUAAAUAGAACAUGACAUUCAUUAUUAAUUUUACUUGUUUUCAUUUUAAACAAAUUGUAUAUCCGAAUACAAUACACAUUUUCUACAGGCUCAGUUUGCCACUUUUUUAAGAAACUAUUCCAGUGCUGGUUCUAUGGUUUUAGAAUUGUGGAUAGUCAUCAUGGAAACAUUAAUUGGUCAUGUGACAAGGUCUCGGAAGAUUGGCAGAACAGGCAGCCAUCUGACAGUACUCUGAUCCAAUGAAAAUCACAAAUGUCAGAUUGCCAGCACUCUAGCCCUAUGGAUUGUGGGGACGGGGGGGAGACACACACCAGGGAGGCCAAUCCCCCGUGCCCCUCUUCUAGCCCUGCCCCUGCUCUGAUGUAGUGUUCUGUAGUUCUGUUCUGUUCCUUGUAGUAGAGUGCUCAGAUCCAUUCCUUGUACCCGUUGUCAUGGAGUGGACCUGCUGCACCCCCUCUUUUUAUACCUUCUUACUGGUUUACAUUUCCUGACUCUGCAAUAAGUGAGUUAGAUACUUAAUCUUUGAACAAAGACAGGGGUAACUAUUUCCUUUCCAUAUACAACAACUUAUUAUCAAGUGAGCGAAAUUCCAUAUGAGAUGACAAUUGAAGGAACUUCAUCUGCUGAUGAAGCCAAUGAGAUGUGGCUGAAAGCUGUGAGGGCUAGUGCUUCUUUUGUGUGAAAAUUCUCUUUCUACGGUCAAUAAUAAACCUUCAAGGUAUGGUCCCUAAAUGUGGGGCGCAGACCCAUGGCUUAUCUUUGAGAAUUUAAUCAAUUAUUCUUUGAGCUAAAAAAGUUUUUGGGCAAUCUCAGUAUUUAUAGGAAAGUGAUGAGAGAAUGUUUUCUGUCAUCUGUCUGGGACAAACCUUAACUGAAGAGUGUUCAAAAAAUACUCCAGUAUGUAUAAUGAUACAUUGUUUAAGCCUCAUCCAUACAUGAGAUACAUAAUUGCACAAAACAUAGUAAUUAAGGAUAUAAGGAUUUAGCAUAAGAAUUCCAUUGAAAUCUCAUCAAAUCUUGCAUGUGACAAUGUGGGAAGGUCAGAGAAAGGAAGAUUUUUUGUUUAUAUUUUUGUAAGUGUUGAGUAGCUGCUGUAUGCAGAUAGUUUUUGUUUCUUAUUCCAAGCGCUGAUUUUAACCUGCUGUAAUCUCAUAUGAAUGUUCUCUCUGCUGAGGAGAGAAUGUUGGAUGGAACUGCAUUUCUUGUCCCAGAUAAGGUAAUAUUUACCUCGCCAGUACCAUGUCAGUACUGUAACAGCAGCAUAGUUUCAUUGGUUGGAUAGUAUCAACGUUUUUCCCCCAACAUAUGUUGUGUGUUUGUUUA